AGACAUUAAAAGGUGUUUAUUCUGCCGUCACUGAAUAUGAUUGUGAUCCAUGCUGAAGAGCUGGAGUCUCCCUUGAGGAGAAGGAGACGGUGGAUUUGGAGGAUCCAGUGGUGUUUCCUGUUGGGACUGAUGGUCCUCAUCUACGGCUCUCACGCUCCACUCAUCAACCUCACCAAAGUGAACGGCCGAGUUCCAUUUAGUUCCUCAUCAUGCGUCGUCUUGAUUGAGUUCACUAAACUCAUCGUCUCUCUGGUAACUCUUCUUUUAACUGAGGGUACAUCUGCCUUACGUACUCCCCCUGCUCUCCUCGCUGUGGCCCCCUAUGCGGUGCCUGCUGUACUCUAUGCCUUCAACAACAACCUGGUGGUCUACAUGCAGGCCUACAUGGACCCCAGCUCUUACCAGGUCCUGUCUAAUCUUAAAAUAGCCUCCACUGCCCUGCUCUACUCUUUCUGUCUGAGGAAGAGGCUGCGGGCCGCUCAGUGGUUGGCGCUGGGGCUCCUCAUGGGUGCAGGUGUUUGUCACAGUUACAGCAGCUUAGAUUUCGAGGACCUCGAGAGGGAAGGUGAAACUGGAGACGGUGCAAGGCUUCACAUCACAGCUUGGGGCCUUUUCUUUGUGUUUGUUUACUGCUGUGUUUCAGGACUGGCAGCGGUCUACACAGAGAAGGUGCUGAAGAGCCAGAAGACGCCCCUCAGCCUGCAGAACCUCUACCUCUACGUCUUUGGCGUGCUCAUUAAUGUCGUCUCCUCCUUUUCAUCAAGCGAAAAGAGCUUUCUAGAAGGAUACUCUGCAACAGUUUGGCUCAUUAUAGCCGGCCAGGCGGCUAACGGGCUGUUGAUGUCUGUGGUGCUGAAGCACGGCUCCGGGAUCAUCAGGUUGUUCAUCAUUUCCUGUUCCAUUCUGGUGAACGCUGUGCUGUCCUGGGCUGUGUUAGGGCUGCAGCUCUCGCCUGUCUUCCUUCUUCCUGUGUCCAUGAUCGGACUGGCCGCUUAUCUUUAUUACAAAUAGGAGAUGAGGAGGUGCUGUCAUGUCAAACAGAAGUCUCAGUCUUAUAUUGGAACUGUUUUUUGGCUUAUUUCGAACUUUGUUUUCUGCCUUGGUCUGAACUGUUUUCAAAAACUCAUACAUUAGUCUGUUUUAAACCUUAUUUUAAUUUAUUCUCAAUUUAAACCCAGUGCAGGUUGAUAUUUUAUCUUUGGUACAACAUUUUAAAAGAGUGCUGCUAUUGUCAUGUUUUAUUCUGUUUCUACCAGAAUUAUUAUCUAUGGUAAAGUGUUACUCACUGUUCGACCUGUGACCAAUAAAUGCUCUGAAACUG